GGUUGGGACUCCAGCUUGACUGCGGUGGAAGUUAACAGAAGGGAGGGAGAGCAUGGAGAACGAUUGCUGACACUUAGUGUAUCUUAUUUAAAAGACGGAUUGACCAAAAUACUGCAUUUAUCGCCAAGGAAGCACGAAAAAAUAUAAGAACGGCGCCGGUGAACAUGCAGGUGCAGCAUCAUUUGCAAAUUGCAUUUAAGUCAAAUUGCGUAUAGGUACGGUGGAGGCCAUUGACAGUUAAUGGACUGAUGGGGGCUGAGUGACGCACCAUGGCCCUGAUGAUCCCCCCGGUGAAGCUGAAAUGGCUGGAACACCUCAACAGCUCCUGGAUCACGGAGGACAGCGAAUCCAUCGCCACGCGGGAGGGCGUGGCGGUGCUCCACGCCAAGCUGCUGGCCAACAAGGAGGUGGUGCUGCUCCCGCAGCAGGUGCUGUGUCUGAAGGGCCCGCAGCUGCCCGACUUUGAGCGCGAGACGCUCUCCAGCGACGAGCAGGAGCACUACCUGGACGCGCUGCUGGGCAGCCAGCUGGCCCUGGCCAAGACGGUGUGCUCGGACUCGCCGUUCGCGGCGGCCCUGCGCAAGCGGCUGCUGGUGCUGCAGCGCGUCUUCUACGCCCUCUCCAACAAGUACCACGACAAGGGCAAGGUCAAGCAGCAGCAGCACUCUCCGGAGAGUUCCGCGGGCGCGGCCGACCUGCACUCGGUCAGCGAGAGGCCGCGGUCGUCCACCGACGCGCUCAUCGAGAUGGGCGUGCGGACGGGCCUGAGCCUGCUGUUCGCCCUGCUCCGGCAGAGCUGGAUGACCCCCCCGCCCGGGCCGGGGCUCAGCCUGUGCAACGACGUCAUCCACACGGCCAUCGACGUGGUGAGCUCCCUGCCGCCGCUGUCGCUGGCCAACGAGAGCAAGAUCCCGCCCAUGGGCCUGGACUGCCUGGCGCAGGUGACGGGCUUCCUGAAGGGCGUCACCAUGCCCAACUCCGGGGCGGACAUCUUGGGCCGGCGGCUGGCCUCGGAGCUGCUGCUGGGGCUGGCGGCUCAGAGGGGCUCCCUGCGCUACCUGCUGGAGUGGAUCGAGAUGGCGCUGGCCGCCUCGGCCGUGGUGAGCGCCAUGGAGAAGGGCCGGGCGGCGCUCAGUCAGGAGGGGCUCAUCGGAUACGACUGCUUCAUGAACAUCCUCAUGCAGAUGCGCCGCUCGCUGGGCUCGUCUGCUGAUAGAAACCAGUGGAGGGAGCCCACCCGGACGGCCGAUGGGCUCUGCUCCCUGUACGAAGCGGCGCUCUGCCUGUUCGAAGAGGUGUGCAGGAUGGCGUCGGACUACUCCAGGACCUGCGCCAGCCCGGACAGCAUCCAGACGGGCGAGGCGCCCAUGGUCUCGGAGACGUGCGAGGUGUACGUCUGGGGCAGCAACAGCAGCCACCAGCUGGUGGAGGGCACCCAGGAGAAGAUCCUCCAGCCCAAACUGGCACCCAGCUUCGCCGACGCCCAGACGAUCGAGGCCGGGCAGUACUGCACCUUCGUCAUCUCGUCGGACGGCUCGGUUCGAGCCUGCGGGAAGGGCAGCUACGGCCGGCUGGGCCUGGGAGACUCCAACAACCAGUCCACCCUGAAGAAGCUGACCUUUGAACCCCACCGCGCCAUCAAGAAGGUGUCGUCCUCCAAGGGCUCGGAUGGCCACACGCUGGCCUUCACCACCGAGGGCGAGGUGUUCAGCUGGGGCGACGGCGACUACGGCAAGCUGGGCCACGGCAACAGCUCCACGCAGAAGUACCCCAAACUCAUCCAGGGGCCCCUGCAGGGAAAGGUGGUGGUGUGCGUGUCCGCGGGAUACAGGCACAGUGCUGCCGUGAGCGAGGAUGGAGAGCUCUACACCUGGGGCGAGGGAGAUUUCGGGAGGCUCGGUCACGGGGACAGCAACAGCAGAAACAUUCCUACUCUGGUGAAGGACAUCAGCAACGUGGGGGAGGUGUCCUGCGGAAGCUCCCACACCAUCGCGCUGUCCAAAGACGGCCGCACCGUCUGGUCCUUCGGCGGGGGAGACAACGGCAAACUGGGACACGGUGACACAAACCGUGUGUACAAACCCAAAGUUGUGGAGGCCUUGCAGGGCAUGUUCAUACGGAAAGUGUGCGCGGGAAGCCAGUCCUCUCUCGCCCUCACCUCCACCGGACAGGUCUACGCCUGGGGCUGCGGGGCCUGUCUCGGGUGCGGAUCCUCCGAGGCCACUGCCCUCCGGCCGAAGCUGAUCGAGGAGCUGGCCACUACCAGGGUGGUGGACAUCUCCAUCGGCGACAGCCACUGCCUGGCCCUCUCCCACGACAACGAGGUGUACGCCUGGGGCAACAACUCCAUGGGCCAGUGUGGGCAGGGGAACUCCACCGGGCCCAUCACCAAACCCAAGAAGGCCAUCGGCCUGGACGGGGUGGCCAUCCAGCAGAUCUCCGCUGGGACGUCCCACAGCCUGGCCUGGACUGCACUGCCCCGGGACAGGCAAGUGGUGGCCUGGCACCGGCCCUACUGCGUGGAUCUGGAAGAGAGCACGUUCUCUCACCUGCGGUCCUUUCUGGAGCGCUACUGCGAUGGCAUCAACAGCGAGGUGCCCCCCCUGCCCUUCCCCUCCUCGAGGGAGCAUCACAACUUCCUCAAACUGUGUCUCAAACUCCUGUCCAAUCACCUGGCCCUGGCUCUGGCCGGAGGCGUGGCCACCAGCAUCCUGGGCCGCCAGGCGAGGCCCCUGAGGAACCUGCUGUUCCGCCUCAUGGACUCCUCAGUGCCGGACGAGAUCCAGGAGGCCGUUAUAGAGACCCUGUCCGUGGGAGCCACCAUGCUCCUCCCCCCUCUACGCGAGCGAAUGGAACUGCUCCACUCCCUCCUCCCCCAGGGACCGGACCGAUGGGAGAGCCUAUCCAAAGGGCAGAGGAUGCAGCUGGACAUCAUCCUGACCAGCCUGCAGGACCACACCCAUGUGGCCUCCCUGCUGGGGUACAGCUCUCCCCCAGAUGCCCCGGAGGCCCCCCCUGCGGGCCUGACCUUCAGCCUGCCCCCCGACCCCUCGUACGGCUCCCCCGCCAGCCACCCCGACACGCACCUGGCUGAGAUCCUGAUGAAGACCCUGCUGAGGAACCUGGGCUUCUACACGGACCAGGCGUUUGGAGAGCUGGAGAAGAACAGCGAUAAGCUGCAGCAGGGCGCCUCCCCGUCAGACAGCAGCCAGCCGGCCCACCUGCACGAGCUGCUGUGCUCCCUGCAGAAGCAGCUGCUGGCCUACUGCCACAUCAACAGCGUCACCGAGAACUCCAGCAGCGUGGCUCUCCUGCACAAGCACCUGCAGCUGCUCCUCCCCCACGCCACCGACAUCUUCUCCCGCUCCGCCACCCUGCUGAAGGAGAGCUCGGGCAACGGCAGCGUCCGCGAGAAGCUCCGAGACGUGGUGUACGUGUCAGCGGCCGGCAGCAUGUUGUGUCAGAUCAUAAACUCCCUGCUGCUGCUGCCCGUCUCCGUGGCCCGGCCCCUGCUGGGCUUCCUGUUGGACCUGCUGCCCCCGCUGGACCGCCUCAACAGACUGCUCCCUGCCGCCGCCCUGCUGGAGGACCAGGAGCUGCAGUGGCCCCUGCACGGUACCCCAGACUCCGUGGACCCGGCCGGGCUGCCCCUGCCCCAGCCGGCCCAGUCGUGGGUGUGGCUGGUGGACCUGGAGCGCACGGUGGCCCUGCUGGUGGGCCGCUGUCUGGGGGGCAUGCUGCAGGGGGCCGGGGUCUCCCCCGAGGAGCAGGACACCAGCUACUGGCUCAAAACCCCCCUCUUCAGCAACGGCCUGGAGAUGGACAUCCCCCAGCUGGAUAACUGCAUCAGCUCUCUCCUGGAUGCGGCCCUGUCGGGGAAUGAGGAGCAGAAGCCUUUGGAGUGCGCCUUGAGCCAGGACAUGUCCCUCCUGGUGGACCUGGCACUGGGUUCCACCAAGGAGCCUGCCAACAGCCUGUGGAUCAACAUGCAGGACUACGCCAUCAGCAAAGACUGGGACAACGCCACGCUGAGCAGCGAGUCUCUGCUGGACACGGUGUCGCGCUUCGUUCUGGCGGCCAUGUUGAAGCACACGGGCCUGCUGAGCCAGGCGCGGGGAGAGGGGAGGUACCAGCCCUGUAAGGCCCUGGCCGAGGUUUACCGCAGCGUUUACAAGGUCCGCAACCGCCUGCUGGCCUGCAAGAACAUGGAGCUCAUCCAGACACGCUCGUCCUCCCGGGAGAGACGGGUCUCAGACAACCAGGACUCCCUGGACAUGGACCCCCAGGAGCACUCCUUCACGCGCACCAUCGACGAGGAGGCGGAGCUGGAGGAGAGGGCGGACCGCGAGCGGGAGGAGGGGCACCCGGAGCAGGACGACGAGGAGGACGAGCGGGAGCACGAGGUCAUGACUGCGGGGAAAAUCUUUCAAUGUUUCCUCUCAGCGCGGGAGGCGGCUCGCAGCCGCGAGAGGGAGCGGGCCAGCAGCGGGGCGGGGCCGGGGGCCUCGUCCGGGCCCCGGGGCGGGGAGGACGAGGCCCCGCAGUCCCAGGAGGACCGGCGGGACAGCACGGGGCUGCCCGAGGGGCAGGACCUGUACACGGCCGCCUGCAACUCCGUGAUCCACCGCUGUGCCCUGCUGGUGCUGGGGGUCAGCCCCGUACAGGGGGACCUGCUCAAACAGCAGCAGCAGGACGAGGGCCCCGCCCAAACCGCCGGAGGGGGGGUGCAGGAGGGCGUCGGAUUCAUGACCAGGAGCGAGAGCCUGACUGCCGAAAGCCGUUCUGUCCAGGCCAGCCCCGGCUACAGGCUCAUCAAGUCCAGGAGCGAGUCGGACCUGUCGCAGCCCGAGUCUGACGAGGAGGGCUAUGCCCUGAGCGGUAGGAGAAAUGACUUGGAUUUGGCAUCCUCGCAUAAAAGGAGAGGGCUGCUGCAGAGCUCUCCGGACGCCCCGGCUGACUCCUGGUUCCGGGGGAAGCACGGCCGGGAGCGUCUGUACGGCUCGACGCGCUCGUACGACGAGUCGGAGGUGGACCUGAGCCGGCUGGGCGUGCACGCGCUCAUCGACAACAUGGUGAGCUUCGUCAGCGGGGACGUGGGCAACGCGCCCGCCUUCAAGGAGCCGGAGGAGGGCACCUCCACCAGCCCGCAGGGCGCCAUCAUCGCCAUGGAGCAGCAGCAGAGCCGCGCUGAGCUGCGUCUGGAGGCCCUGCACCAGAUGGUGGUGCUGCUCUCGGGGAUGGAGGAGAAGAGCCAGGCGGCGGGGAUGGGCCGCAGCGCCCCACCCUUCCAAUCCGCCUCCCUCCUCACCUCCGUCCGCCUGCAGUUCCUGGCUGGUUGCUUCGGCCUGGGCACUGUGGGCACCGGCGGCACCAAGGGGGAGAGCGUCCAGCUUCACCACUACCAGGACGGAAUCCGGGCCGCCAAGAGAAGCCUGCAGGGGGACAUCCAGACCGCCGUGCACAAGAUCUACCAGCAGCUGUCCGUCACGCUGGAGAGAGCCCUACAGGCCAAUCAGCACCACUCUGAAGCCCAGCAGCGCCUCCUGCUGGUGACGGUGUUUGCGCUGAGCGUGCGGUACCAGCCGGUGGACGUGUCUCUGGCCAUCUCGAGCGGGCUGCUGAACGUGCUGUCCCAGCUCUGUGGCACAGACACCGUGCUGGGGCAGCCCCUGCAGCUGCUGCAGAAACCGGGCGUGUCCCAGCUCAGCACCGCCCUGCAGGUGGCCAGCACACGCCUGCUGCAGAUCCUGGCCAUCAGCACCGGGACGUACGCAGACAAGCUGAGCCCCAAGGUGGUGCAGUCUCUGCUGGAUCUGCUCUGCAGCCAGCUGAAGAACCUGCUCUCCCAGGCCGGGGUCAGUCCUCUGGCCACCGGCAAGGAGGAAGAGGAGGAGAAGUCUGAGGAAGGAUCGGACCCAGAGAAGAAGGACUUCAGAGCGCUCCUGCGGAAGCAGCACACAGCGGAGCUCCACCUGGGAGACUUCCUGGUGUUCCUGCGCCGAGUCGUCUCCUCCAAAGCCAUCCAGUCCAAAAUGGCCUCCCCGAAGUGGACCGAGGUCCUGCUGAACAUCGCCGCCCAGAAGUGCUGCUCAGGUGCGCCAGACACAGGGCCUGCGCUGGAGACACGAGACCGUAAACGUCUGACGACGAGCUGUCCUGACCGCGUUCGUGCUGUGGUCCUUCCCUCAGGCGUUCCCCUGGUGGGGAACCUGCGGACGCGGCUGCUGGCCCUCCAUGUCUUGGAGGCCGUCCUGCCGGCCUGCGAGUCCAGUGUGGAGGACGACCAGAUGACCCAGGUUGUCGAGCGCUUGUUCUCCCUGCUCUCUGACUGCAUGUGGGAGGCGCCCAUCGCCCAGGCCAAGCACGCCGAGCAGCUGAAAGAGAAAGAGCAGGAGCUGAAACUGCAGGGAGAGGCGGAGGAGGAGGACGAGAACCUGCCCAUCCAGGAGGUGUCCUUCGACCCGGAGAAGGCCCAGUGCUGCGUGGUGGAGAACGGCCAGGGCCUGACGCACGGCAGCGGGGGCAAGGGCUACGGCCUGGCCUCCACCGGCAUCUCCUCCGGCUGCUACCAGUGGAAGUUCUACAUUGUGAAGGAGAACCGGGGGAACGAGGGCACCUGCGUGGGCGUGUCGCGCUGGCCGGUGCACGACUUCAACCACCGCACCACGUCGGACAUGUGGCUGUACCGCGCCUACAGCGGGAACCUGUACCACAACGGGGAGCAGGCCCUCACGCUGUCCAGCUUCACCCAGGGAGACUACAUCACCUGCGUGCUCGACAUGGAGGCCCGCACCGUCUCCUUCGGCAAGAACGGAGAGGAGCCCAAAUUAGCCUUCGAGGACGUGGAUGCCACCGAGCUGUACCCCUGCGUGAUGUUCUACAGCAGCAACCCCGGAGAGAAGGUAAAGAUCUGCGACAUGCAGAUGCGCGGCACGCCCCGCGACCUGUUGCCCGGCGACCCCAUCUGCAGCCCGGUCGCCACGGUGCUGGCGGAGGCGUCCAUCCAGCUGAUCCGCAUCCUGCACCGCAUGGAGCGCUGGACGCACUGCAUCAACAAGACCAUGAUGGAGCGUCUGCACAAGAUCAAGGCCUGCUUCCGCGAGGCGGGGGCCGGCGGGGGCGGGCGGGGCCUGCGGAAGAGCCGUUCGGUGCAGAGCCGCGAGGAGCAGGAGCAGAGGGAGGAGGAGCGCGGCCGCCCCUCCCGCCACGGCCUGGGAGACCUGUCCGAGGCCCAGCUCCGGGCCCUCUGCUCCGAGGUGUGGCCCGUCCUGGCCGUCAUAGGAGGGGCCGACGCCGGCCUCCGGGUGGGCGGGAGGUGCGUCCACAGGCAGACGGGGCGACACGCCACCCUGCUGGGCGUGGUCAAGGAGGGCAGCACCUCCGCCAAGGUCCAGUGGGACGAGGCCGAGAUCACCAUCAGCUUCCCAACUUUUUGGUCGCCUAGUGACACGCCCCUGUACAACCUGGAGCCCUGCGAGCCGCUGCCCUUCGACGUGUCGCGCUUCCGCGGCCUGACCGCCUCCCUGCUGCUCGACCUCACCCACCUGACCAGCAUCCACGAGGACGCGGCGGGCAAGCCCGGCGCCCGCCGGCACGACCGCCGGCACCGCCGGGGCUCCGAGGACAAGGCGGAGCCGGACCCACGGGCCGAGGGGGACGGCGGCCGCGAGACGGGCGAGCUCCGCGUGUCCCACAGCCUGGACGAGGUCAAGGCCCACGCCGCCAAGUCCGAGGGCGAGGCCGCCCCCCCCUUCGCCCUGGACGCCCCGCAGACGCCCGCGGCGGCCGAGCCCAAGCGCAGGGGCCACGAGCGGGGCCACGAGGCCGCCCAGCAGGCCCAGUCGGAGAUGCGCGCCGUGCAGCUCUCCUACCUCUACCUGGGCGCCAUGAAGGCCCUCAGCGCGCUGCUCAGCUGCAGCCGCUACGCCGAGCUGCUCCUGGUGCCCAAGGCGCUGGCGGAGAACGGGCACAACGCCGACUGCGCCGGCUCGCCCGUGCUGCAGGAGGAGGUGGAGAUGCGGGCGGCGCUGCAGUUCCUCAUGCGGCACAUGGUGAAGCGCGCGGUGGUGAGGUCCCCCAUCAAGCGCGCGCUGGGCCUGCCCGACCUGGAGAGGGCCCAGGCCAUGAUCUACAAGCUGGUGGUCAGCGGCCUGCUGGAGGACCAGGGCGGGGGCAAGGUCAAGCCUGAAGCGGACCCAGAGGCUGAGGAGACGGAGGGGGGCCCGCUGGCCCAGACCCCGGUCACCACCAGCCCCUCCGCCUCCAGCACCACCUCCUUCAUGAGCAGCUCUCUGGAGGAUACCACCACCGCCACCACGCCCGUCACCGACACCGAGACCGUGCCUGCGUCUGAGUCUCCUGGAGUCAUGCCCCUGAGCCUGCUCAGGCAAAUGUUCUCCAGCUACCCGACAACCACCCUGCUCCCCACACGGAGGGCUCAGACCCCCCCGGUCUCCUCCCUCCCCACCUCCCCCUCAGACGAGGUGGGCAGGAGGCAGAGCCUCACCUCCCCCGACUCCCAGCCCACCCGGCCCAGCAACCGCACAGCCCUAUCGGAUCCCAGCAGCCGCCUCUCCACAUCCCCGCCCCCUCCCGCCAUCGCCGUGCCGCUGCUGGAGAUGGGCUUCUCCCUGCGCCAGAUCUCCAAAGCCCUGGAGGCCACAGGAGCGCGGGGCGAGGCGGACGCCCAGAACAUCACGGUGCUGGCCAUGUGGAUGAUCGAGCACCCCGGGGAGGACGAGGAGGAGCCCCACACGGGCGGGGGAGGAGGGGGAGGAGGAGGAGGAGGCGCAGACUCCUGCCCUGGAGCCAUGUCCUCCAACGGCGGGGGCAAGUCCAUGGAGAGGAGCUACCUGCGCUCCCCCGCAGACAUCCCCAACGCCGACGCUGCCGAGAUGGAGGAGGGGUUCAGUGAGAGUCCAGAGGGUCUGGAACAGGACAGCGCCUCUGCUGCCAGUGGCCCCACCCCUAGAGGGCGCUCUGCCGCCAGCCGAAAGCACCGCUUUGACCUGGCAGCCCGCACCCUGCUGUCCCGUGCAGCCGGGCUGUACCGCUCGGUCCAGGCCCACCGCAGCCAGAGCCGGCGGGACGGGGGCAGCGCCCUGCAGCAGGACCCCGGGACCCUGUACGACUUCAACCUGGACGAGGAGCUGGAGAUGGACCUGGACGAGGAGACCAUGGAGGCCAUGUUCGGCCAGGACCUGGCCAGCGACACCGACAUUCUGGGAAUGUGGAUCCCGGAGGUACUGGACUGGCCAACAUGGCACGUCUGUGAGACGGAGGACCGUGACGAGGUGGUGGUGUGUGAGCUGUGUGAGAGCAGCGUGGCCAACUUCAACCAGCACAUGAAGAAGAACCACCCGGGCUGCGGCCGCAGCGCCAACCGCCAGGGUUACCGCAGCAACGGCUCCUACGUGGACGGCUGGUUCGGCGGGGAGUGCGGCAGCGGGAACCCCUACUACCUGCUGUGCGGCAGCUGCAGGGAGAAGUACCUGGCCGUCAAGACCAAAGCCAAGGUGCCCGUGCCCGAGAGAUACAAGGGUCAGGCUCCGGACCUCCUGGGGAAACAGGACAGUGUUUACGAAGAGGACUGGGACAUGCUGGACGUGGAUGAGGAUGAGAAGCUGACAGGGGAGGAGGAGUUUGAGCUCCUGGCGGGGCCCCUGGGCCUGAGUGAGCGGAGGCUGGUCCCCGAGGCCGUGCAGUUCCCCGACAGCGACCCCCUGGGGGCCUCCAUUGCCAUGGUCACCGCCACCAACAGCAUGGAGGAGACCCUGCUGCAAAUCGGCUGCCACGGCUCGGUGGAGAAGAGCUCCUCUGGGAGGGUGACCCUGGGCGAGCAGGCCGCCGCCCUGCUGAACCCCCACGACCGCGUCAUGGCGCUGAAGAGGGUGACCGCCGCCGCCCAGGUGCUGCUCGCCAGGACCAUGGUGAUGAGGGCGCUGUCGCUGCUGUCCGUCAGCGGGUCCAGCUGCAGCCUGGCGGCGGGGCUGGAGUCCCUGGGCCUGACGGACAUCCGGACGCUGGUGCGCCUCAUGUGCCUGGCGGCCGCGGGGCGCGCCGGCCUCUCCACCAGCCCCCCGGCCGGCCCCGGGCCCUCGGAGCGCCCGCGCGGGGCCGCCAAGGCCAGCAAGCCCAUCUCCUGCCUGGCCUACCUGAGCACGGCCGUGGGCUGCCUGGCCUCCAACAGCCCCAACGCGGCCAAGCUGCUGGUGCAGCUCUGCACACAGAAUCUGAUCUCGGCCGCCACCGGCAUGAACCUGACCACGGUGGACGACCCCAUCCAGAGGAAGUUCCUGCCUAGCUUCCUGCGGGGCGUGGCCGAGGAGAACAAGCUGGUGACCUCGCCCAACUUCGUGGUCACCCAGGCCCUCGUGGCCCUGCUGGCUGACAAAGGGGCCAAGCUGAGGCCCAACUACGACAAGACCGACAUCGAGAAGAGGGGUUUUUUAGACCUCUUGUAUGCCCAUCCUUCAUAUAAUCCUUCCGCUGUAGGCCCCCUGGAGCUGGCCAACGCGCUGGCGGCCUGCUGCGUGUCCACGCGGCUGUCGUCGCAGCACCGGCAGUGGGCCGCGCAGCAGUUGGUGCGCUCGCUGGCCGCGCACGACCGCGACAACCAGAGCCGACCGCAGACCUUCGCCGACAUGGCGGGCGACCUGCGCAAGAGCUCUUUCAUCAAGCUGGAGGCCCACCAGAGCAGGGUUAUCGCUUGCGGCUGGAGCAGCAGAAAAGGCCUGCUGGCCACCAGCGGUAAUGACGGUACCGUCAGGGUGUGGAACGUGACCAAGAACCAGUACACCCUCCAGCAGACCUGCAUCUUCAAUAAAACGGACGGGUCCGCAGACGAUGGCCUGAGCUGUUUGGGCUCCCCGGGUGACCCCAGCCUGGCCCCUCUCUCCUGGAGCGUCAGCGGAAAAUACCUGGCAGCCGCCAUGGAGAAGAUGGUCAACAUCUGGCAAGUCAACGGGGGGAAGGGCCUGCUGGACGUGCAGCCCCACUGGGUGUCGGCCCUGGCCUGGCCGGAGAGGGAGCCGGCCUCGCUGUGGGCCGGGGAGCCCCUGGAGCUGCUGCUGGUGGGCCGCAUGGACGGCUCGCUGGGCCUGAUCGAGGUGGCCGACGCCUCCACCAUGCAGCGGGUGGAGCUGGAGCACUGCUACAGGAAGGACGUGGCUGUAAUGCACAUCGCCUGGUACGGCGAAGACAAGCCCUUCGCCAUCGGAUACGCCGACGGGAAGCUUCUGAUCGGCUCCAAAGAGCCGCUGGAGAAGGGGGCCGUCGUGGUCAUCGACGCGCACAAGGAGUCCAUCACCUGCAUGCGGUGGGACCCGAGCGGCCAGGUCCUCCUCACCUGCGCGAAGGAGGAGACGGUGAAGCUGUGGGCCUCCCCCUGUCCCGGCGCGGGCUGGAGGUGCCUGCAGGCCCUCGCUCAUCCCGCCACGGUCAACAGCGUGGCCUGGUGCGGCCUCCCCGGCCAGAGCCCCAAGCCCCUCAACAUGCUGGCUACGUGCUGCCAGAACGGCCUGGUCUGUGUCUGGACCGUCCCCCUGGACGCGAGCCACUUCCCAGAGUGCAGUUCCAGCAGCUGUGAUGCAUGCUGGGACCUGGAACCAAAGUCAAAGCUGAAGCACUCUUACAAACGGCCCAAAGGGGUGAGCUGCGUGUUUCAGCUGAAGGGCCACAUCACGCCCGCCCGCACCCUGGCCUUCAGCCCCGAUGGCCUGGCCCUGGCGUCCGGGGGCGUGGGCGGCCUCGUCAACAUCUGGUCCCUGCGGGACGGGUCCGUGCUCCAGACCGUCGUUGCCGGGUCGGGUGCCGUCCACAACACCGUCUGGAUCCCGGACGUGGGAGUGGCCAUCUGCUCCAACAGGUCCAAGGACGUGCUGGUGGUGAACUGCACGCCCGAGUUCAUGGCCAACAACCACGUGCUGGCCACCUGCAGGACGGCCCUGAAGAAGCAGGGGGUGGUGGGAUUGAACAUGGCUCCCUGCAUGCGGGCAUUCCUGGAGAGGCUGCCUGUGAUGCUACAGGAACAGUACACCUAUGAGAAGCCCCACGUGGUGUGCGGGGAGCAGCUGGUGCACAGCCCCUACAUGCAGUGCCUGGCCUCGCUGGCAGUGGGGCUGCAGCUGGACCAGCUGCUCUGCAGCCCCCCCGUGCCCCCCCACCUGCGGCUCUGCCCCCUGGACCCGGGCGCCUGGAGCCCCAGCGAGUGGGCGUGGCUCGACUGCUUCUCCACCACCGUCAAAGCGGCCGAGGCGCUGGCCCGCGGCGCCCCCUUCCCAGAAUCCUUCACUGUGCCCGACCUGGAGCCCGUGCCCGAGGCUGAGCUGGCCCUGCUCAUGGACAACAGCAAGUGGGUCUCUGGAAUGGACGAGCAGAUUAUGUCCUGGGCCACCUCCAGACCGGAGGACUGGCACCUUGGGGGAAAGUGUGAUGUGCUGUUGUGGGGAGCUGGGCGCCAUGGGCAGCUGGCUGAGGCUGGCAGAAACACACUGGUGCCAACCAUCGCCCCCUCCUUCUCCCAGGCCCAACAGGUGGUGUGCGGGCAGAACUGCUCCUUCGUCAUCCAGGCCAACGGCACGGUCCUGGCCUGCGGAGAGGGCAGCUACGGCCGGCUGGGGCAGGGCAACUCCGACGACCUGCACGUGCUGACCGUCAUCUCCGCCCUGCAGGGCUUUGUGGUGACCCAGCUGGUCACGUCCUGUGGCUCAGACGGCCACUCCAUGGCACUGACGGAGAGCGGGGAGGUGUUCAGCUGGGGCGACGGGGACUACGGCAAACUGGGCCACGGCAACAGCGACCGGCAGCGGCGACCGCGCCAGAUAGAGGCUCUGCAGGGCGAGGAGGUGGUGCAGAUGUCUUGCGGGUUCAAGCAUUCGGCCGUGGUGACCGCUGACGGCAAGCUCUUCUCCUUUGGUAACGGGGAUUACGGGCGGCUGGGUCUGGGGAACACGUCCAACAAGAAGCUUCCGGAGAGGGUCACGGCCCUGGAGGGGUACCAGGUCGGACAGGUGGCCUGCGGGCUGAAUCACACGCUCGCCGUGUCGGCGGACGGGAUGAUGGUGUGGGCGUUCGGGGACGGAGACUACGGCAAGCUGGGGUUGGGAAAUUCCACAGCCAAGUCCUCUCCCCAGAAAGUGGACGUUCUCUGUGGAAUCGGAAUCAAGAAGGUCUGCUGUGGGACGCAGUUCUCGGUGGCUCUCACCAAGGACGGGAACGUGUACACGUUCGGCCAAGAUCGUCUGAUUGGCCUGCCGGAGGGGCGGGCCCGGAACCACAACAGGCCCCAGCAGGUCCCCGCCCUCUCGGGCAUCUUCAUCGAGGACAUCGGGGUGGGGGCGGAGCACACCCUCGCCCUGUCCUCCACCGGGGACGUGUACACCUGGGGCAGCAACUCGGAGGGGCAGCUGGGACUGAGCCACACCAACCACAUGAGAGAGCCCACGCUGGUGACCACCCUGCAGGGGAAGAACAUCCACCAGAUCUCUGCUGGCCGCUGCCACAGUGCAGCCUGGACCGCCCCCUCCGUCCCGCCCAGAGCGCCAGGCUCCUCGGUGCCCCUGCAGUUGGGGCUGCCCGUGGCCGUGCCCCCGCAGUACAGCUCCCUGAAGGAGGUCAGCAUGGAGGCCAUCCGCGCCCGGCUGCGCCUGCUAUACCACUUCUCUGACCUCAUGUACUCCUCCUGGAGACUGCUCAACCUGAGCCCCAACAACCAGAGCUGCACGUCGCAUUACAACGCGGGGACCUGGGGCAUCGUCCAGGGCCAGCUGAGGCCCCUGCUGGCCCCGCGGGUCUACACCCUGCCCAUGGUGCGCUCCAUCGGCAAGACCAUGGUGCAGGGCAAGAACUACGGCCCCCAGAUCACCGUCAAGAGGAUCUCCACCCGGGGGCGCAAGUGCAAGCCCAUCCUGGUGCAGAUCGCCCGGCAGGUGGUGAAGCUCAACGCCUCGGACCUGCGGCUGCCCUCCCGCGCCUGGAAGGUGAAGCUGGUGGGCGAGGGCGCGGACGACGCCGGGGGAGUGUUCGACGACACCAUCACCGAGAUGUGCCAGGAGCUGGAGACGGGCGUGGCAGACCUGCUCAUCCCCUCCCCCAACGCCACGGCUGAGGUGGGCUACAACAGAGACAGGUUCCUGUUCAACCCCUCGGCCUGCCUGGACGAGCACCUCCUGCAGUUCAAGUUCCUGGGCAUCCUGAUGGGCGUGGCCAUCCGCACCAAGAAGCCCCUGGACCUGCACCUGGCCCCGCUGGUGUGGAAGCAGCUGUGCUGCAUCCCGCUGGUGCUGGAAGACCUGGAGGAGGUGGACCUGCUGUACGUGCAGACGCUCAACAGCAUUCUUCACAUUGAAGACAGCGGCAUCACCGAGGAAAAUUUCCAUGAGAUGAUCCCCAUUGACUCGUUCGUGGGCCAGAGUGCGGACGGGAAGAUGGUGCCCAUAAUCCCGGGAGGGAACAGCAUUCCGCUCACCUUCUCCAACCGGAAGGAGUACGUGGAGCGUGCCAUCGAGUACCGGCUGCACGAAAUACACCGCCAGGUGGCGGCGGUGCGCGAGGGCAUGUCGUGGAUCGUGCCCGUGCCCCUGCUCUCGCUGCUGACGGCCGGGCAGCUGGAGCAGAGCGUGUGCGGCCUGCCGGAGAUCUCGGUGGACGUGCUGAAGAAGGUGGUGCGCUACCGCGAGGUGGACGAGCAGCACCAGCUGGUGCAGUGGUUCUGGCAGACGCUGGACGAGUUCUCCAACGAGGAGCGCGUGCUCUUCAUGCGCUUCGUCUCCGGCCGCUCACGCCUGCCCGCCAACACCGCAGACAUCUCCCAGAGGUUCCAGAUCAUGAAGGUGGACCGGCCCUACGACAGCCUGCCCACCUCUCAGACCUGCUUCUUCCAGCUGCGCCUGCCCCCUUACUCCAACCAGCCAAUCAUGGCCGAGCGGCUCAGGUACGCCAUUAACAACUGCCGCUCCAUCGACAUGGACAACUACAUGCUCUCCCGCAACGUGGACACUGCGGAGGGCUCGGACACGGACUAUUAAAACACCCCCUUCCCCCCACGCUCCCCAAUAGACUGUCUCUCUCACAGGCGAAAAGUGUGUCACUUCACAAAUAGGAACUCUAGGGCAUAAAACGCAUUCAUGAAACUGACCACUUUUUAAGUAUUCAGUGUACUUGCGAACAUAAUCAAUUCAGUGUUUUUAUUUUCACCUUGUGGUUUAUUAGCAGUUUAAAAAACAAAAAAAAACAAUCGACACAAGCAGUGAAUUGAGUAUUUUUUUGUUGGUUUUUUUCUUUGCUCCAUCCUAUUUUCAGGGUUUUUUUUUUUUUUUAAGUUUGCAUGGAGGAAUGUUUAAUUUGUUGGGAAAUGUGUAUAGGUUAACCAGCCCAAUGAAAAAAGAAAAAAACAAAAUUGUACAUUGUGUAUAAUUCUUCAUUAGGAAAAAGUUUUACAUAAAUAUUCAUAUUUAUUUUGUUUUAAUUUUGAAUUGUCAAUGCCGAGUUUCCUAAAGCAGAAAAAAAAACAAUAAAUGCUUAAAAUACUGAA